AUGGAACAACCACAGUCCAAAAGACUGGCGAUAAGGCCGGAAUGGCAGGGCAAUCGCCUGUCGUUCAUGGCUUCAGUCGGCACCCCUGACACCUCGACGGCAACCAUGGAGCAGUCACCUCUGACCCAACAAGUGCGCCCUGAAGUAUUCGAGCCGAAGGUCGUUGGGUUGUACAAACGGCUGUUCAGGGAGGUUGACGACGAUGAGAAGCCCGAGGGAUUUUGGAGAGAACUAUUCCUCCUGAAACCAGAUGUACCCCGACUACGCGAAACACUGGAAGACAUCGAUGCGGAUUUCUUACUUCAUACACAACACCAACCACAACAACUGGUCUUACAUGCCGUUGCACAUGUCAAGGGUGGAGAAGCCCCAGCGGACGAAAAUGCUCUUGAAACUUUGACAGUCUUCUUCGCUGUCGUUCUGGCCAAGAAGUACACCAACCCUAGCUCGGACGUUAUCGAGGUCCUUGCGGGGCUAGACGAUGUCGAUGCAGUGUUCACAGAGUUGGUAGUGUGCCUCGAUCAAGCUAUCAAAGAAGGACGGAGCGUUGAGGUACGGCAAAAGGCUGUCCGCGCUGCCAUCGCUGUCGUUGCUGGUGGCUACCAGACAGCGUUGGUGUCUUACUUUAUCAAUCGUGAUUUCUUCCCCGGACUGAUGAAGCUGGUCCACCUGCUGGAGAACCCACUCCGGGCAUCUGAGCCAUUCAUGCUCACUGGACUCCUUGCCAACUACAACAAAUUCGAAGUCCACAACCAAUACCGCACUCGCUUUUCCGACUUCGUCAACGACGACAUCAUGAGCAGCAUCGUUGAUUCUGUCAGCUGGACCUGCACCCUCCUCCGUGACCGCUAUGUCGCCAUCCAGGACGACACCCCGGCAGCCUGGAGUAUUGGCGGCACAUUGUCGUACGUCGGUCUAGGCGGACUGACCGGUGCGAAACCAGUUCAGCCGGUUCUCACCGAAGAGCAGCAAAGAGAAUUAUUGCUUGAACAACCCGGCCUGGCAGCAGCAAUCCUGCUUACCUUGUACGACUUCACCAUGGCCAACAAAGUCUUCUGCCACCACUUCCUCACAGCACCGCUUCCUGAGAAAGCACAGGCUACACCUUUCAGCACCUUCCUGUCAUUCAACUCCUACCUGUAUCAGCACGCAUACCGAACCGCUCGAGCAUCUAUGUACGCCUAUCUGACAUUGCUGAUCUUCUACAUCCUGGUGGAAGACCCUGCACUGGCCAAGCUUUUAUGUGAGACGUCCGGACCAGUGCGGCUGUGCAGGCAGCGUCCACCACACCUACCGCUACCCGGGGGCGACCGGCCUUACGCUGCUGUUAUGCUCGACAUCCUGACUGAUGGCAUCAACCACAAUCUGCGGAAACGGUUAGAUACCGGCUUCUACCUACAGAGUCUUAUGGUGUUGUCAAAGCUGCUGUCUUUCCUGGCCAAAUCCAGGACCAAGCUGACAUACCAUUGGGCCGAGCUGUGGCGGUCUCUCCUUUCUUUCGCCCGCUUCCUUACCACGUAUUCCGACGACCUGAAGAUGCUACCCAGAACCACGGAGAUGGUCCAGUCACUCGUCGAGCUCUUGAGUCUGGCUCUCACCACUGGCGAAAGUUUCCUUCCAGACGCAGCUGCUUACGACGACCUCUUCUACAAGCUGGUGGAAUCUGGAGGGGCGCUGAUCAAGUUGCGAGAUGCCUAUGGCCUGUCGACGGACGCUGAAAAGAAGAGUCACAUCAACACAUUGAUCGGCGUGUCCAAGCACUACCAGGAACUCAUCGACAGUGAGCGGGCGAAAAAAGAGCAUCUCAGCCCUCGCGAGGUGAGCAAGAUCAUUAAGCAAGGGUAUGAGACGCUGAGCCUAGAAGCGAGAGACGGCCCAGACGCUGCUGCUUCUGGGUAUCGGGAGGUCGAGCACAGAUCGAUGCUGAAGCGGAUCGCGAGGGUGGCUGUGGCGGAUGCUGCCAAUCUAGUCUCGAAGUAG